UCUGCAGAAAAAUAAUGGCAUUUGCACCUCCUAAAAACCUGGAAGGCCCCAAGAUGCAAACUAAGAUGAGUGCCUGGACCCCCCUGAAUCAUCAGCUCAUGAAUGACAAGGUAUUUGAAGAAAGAAGAACCCUGCUGAGGAAAUGGUUUGAUAAAUGGACAGACAAUCAGAGGCGAAGAGUUCUGAUGGAUCUGUUAGAGCACUGUUCUCUGUCACAGUUGAAGUUCUGUGUCAAGCAGCUACACGAUCGUGUGCCAGUUGAAGCUCUGGAUUUCACCACGAAGCUCCCCAGGGCAUUGUCCCUGUACAUCUUUUCUUUCCUGGACCCUCGGAGUCUCUGUCGAUGCACCCAGGUGAGCUGGCACUGGAAAUACUUGACUGAGUUGGAUCAGCUGUGGAUGCGGAAAUGUCUGCGUUUUGGGUGGUACAUCAACUUCUCUCCAACCCCAUUUGAGCAGGGAAUCUGGAAGAGACAUUACAUUGAAAUGGUGAAAGAGUUCCUCGUUACCAGGCCUACGACCAUUCCAAAAGAUGACUCUGUGGUAUUUGAUGUUCAGCCAGUAGCUAAAGAGACCCCUGAGGUGAAACAGUCCUUGUCCUCAAUCCUUCAAUUUGGAAAGAAGAUGGACAAGGAGAAGAGAGGGCUCCCCCCAUGGCGUUCUUCAGAUAAACAUCCAAUGGACAUCAUCAGAUUCAAUUACUUGGACAACUAUGAUCCUAUUGAGCAAGCGAGACAAGCCAGAAAACAAGGAGGAGGUCUAACCCGAGAUAUCAGCCAGGAGGCUUUUCAGAAAAAAAGGAAACCAAGCAGUGGGUCAUACAAACUCCGGAAAGCAAAGUCAUUGAUAUCCCUCUCAGCAGACCUUGACUCACACUUGAAAGUUCCAGUUCGCCCAAGUUGGGCUACUCACCAGUCCUCUGGCUAUCCUGUUACCAAAACAACAGCGAAGUUCCUUGCCCAAAGUGCCCAGUGGAAUGCUGGGAUACGACCAGCACCUGUUCGGGGUCCAGUCUCAAAGCUGAGCAAGAAGGGGAAGAAGGCUUUUGCAAGAACAACCAGAAGCUCACCAACAUCAUCACUCUUUGAAAGCCAACCAUGGGAAGUUCCAUCAUCCAACCAUGUUUCUGAUUCAGACUAGGAUGAUGCAGAAAGGGGCAUAUAUCCCAGCUGA